GCCUCGCUCCAUGCGAUCCAUCGCUCAGCAAUCACCCAGCAAAUCAGCAAAUUGGCCACCAGACUAACGCAGGCAGAUCACAUCACUUUCCGCCCUCUGCUGUUGCUCUUCCGCCUCGCACGCUGGUCGAGCCCUCCUUCUUGUCUUCAUCGCCAAGCGCCACCUCUGCCAGCGCCUGCGUGACCCACACCAACCGUCACAUCGAUCCAUCACCAACUUUCUGCCGUGAUGUGCGUCGUUGACCUUCAGAAACAGAUUCAGCUCAGACGUGUUGCCGUGCGUGCGCUUUCGGCUGCCGGGCGGCAUACGGCGGCCCUCCUCGCCACCACUGCUGUCGUCUCCUGGCGCGUCCGACGCCUCCAGCGCCUCUAGCAGCGCCAGCGACGGGAGGUUCGUCGAUGAUGAAGGCUUGGAGGCGUCUUGCACAGGGUUGGACGAUGACGACCUGGGAUGAGACAAACAAGGGUGACAAACAGUGAUGAACAGAGGCCAAGGAUUGAUCAUGGAUUGGAUUGUGCGAACCGGUGUGUGAAUGGCUCCCUUGCGUCUUCGGUGUCCUGCAGCUGAGCGCGCACGUGAGCAGGAAACAUCCGCAGACGACCAGAGCUGGGCCAACACACGCGACACAAAAGAAUGGUCCAAACGACGCGAGUGAACAGGCAGCCCGACUCUCUUCACUUACGUGCGUCUUUGCGAGACUGCCUCGACGCCCUUGCCCUCAUCUUCCCCGAGUCCCUCAUCGCCACCGCCUCUCUUGCCCUUGCGCGAUGUCUUGGUCCCCUGCGCCUUCUUCGAUCCACCCUUCACGUUGUCUUGCUCCAACUCCUCCCGCACCAGCUUUGCCAGGUACUUGAGGCGGUCACUGAGGCGGGGUGUCUUCCGCUUUCCUUGGACGGGCAUACGGCCCGUGAGCCUCUCCAGGGACUGUGUGAGUGGGCCGAGGUGUUGAAUGAACGUCUGUAGCUCUCGUGAGUCGAGCUCCUUUUCGUCGUCAUCGGCCACAGACCCUCCGAGCACGGCUAUCGAAGCGGCGGGAUCGGUCUGUUUGCUCGUGCGGCUCUUGGCGGUGUCACGCAGGAUAAGGGGGGUUGUGUUGGCGGCCGUGUGGGGGGCGGGAGGGCCGCACAGGACCGAGAGCAGGCACUGAGUCGUGUCCGCGGCCGAGCCACUGGUAGCUGAGGGCACGAAGGUGCCCGCGCCCAUGCGGCGACGCUUGCUGUGUGGCGUCUGCUGCAGGUACUGCAUCAGAUCACGAUACCGCUCGUCCAUCUGGAACCCGGCUCUUCCGACGAACGGGGUGGUGGAGAGGCUGGCUGCUGCAAAAGCAGGGGGUGGCUUGACUGACGGCGUCCGCGAGACGGGCGGGGCGGGCGAUUCUUCAUGGGCAGACGACGAGAGGCCGAAAGGGUUGGCGGGUGCUUGGAUGGUCAGGUCAGGGAGUGGGCUCACAGCGACGGGCGGCGUCUGGCCGUCAUCGUGGUGCUGCACGCUGGGCGCCGUCGUGGGAGUCUGCAGCGGGCUGGCCGGGCGCUCUUUCUCUUGCACUCCAUCCAGGUGCGGCAGGCUGAGACAAGCGGGAAAUGUCAAGGAAAAGUGAACACAGCGAUCUUGACUUUUUCUUUUGGCUCACCUUGGUCUCCCGUUCACGCCAUCCCUCUCAGCCAUGGGCUCAGCAAGUGGCGAAUCUUUGCC